AUGGGGAAUUCCCAGGGCAAACCCGUGGUCUUGACCGAUGAAGUCAAUCUCAACCAUUUUCGUCUGCUGAGGGUCGUGGGCAAAGGAGCCUUCGGCAAGGUUCGCAUUGUAGAGCGCAAAGACUCGGGCUUGACAUUUGCUCUGAAAUACAUCCGCAAGGAUGAAGUGGUUCGCUCCGAAAGCGUUCGCAAUAUCAUAAGAGAGCGGCGGAUGCUGGAGCAUCUGAACCACCCAUUCUUGUGCAACCUGCGCUACAGUUUCCAAGAUAUCGAGUAUUUGUAUCUUGUGGUCGACCUGAUGAACGGUGGCGAUCUUCGUUUCCACAUCCAACGGAAGUCGUUCACCGAGGAUACUAUUCGCUUCUGGAUGUCUGAGCUGGCUUGUGCCCUCCGCUACAUUCACGGCCAAGGCAUCGUGCAUCGAGACCUCAAACCGGAUAACGUGCUUCUGGAUUCCGACGGUCAUGUUCAUUUGGCAGAUUUCAACGUCGCCUCCGACUUCAAGCCUGGGAAGCCUCUAACGAGCAAGUCGGGGACCUUGGCCUAUCUAGCUCCCGAAGUGUUCAGGGGUUCGGGAUAUUAUAGUGAAGUGGAUUGGUGGUCUUUGGGGGUGACCAUGUACGAAUGUGUUUACGGGAAGAGGCCAUUUGAAGGACGGACUCACGAAGAACUGGUCGACGCCAUCUGUGCGGCUAACCCGCGAUAUUUUGUCACGAAACCCCCUGUAUCAAUGCCAUGCCUCCAUGCCAUGACAAACUUGAUCGAGAAAGACCGACGAAAACGGAUCGGUGCCACUGGCUUCGACACUUUCACCUCGCAUCCUUUCUUCACUUGCAUCAACUUCGAGGCAUUAGAACGAAAGCAAAUCCCUCCCGUGUUUAUUCCCUCUAGCGAGAAGACCAACUUCGACGCCACCUAUGACCUGGAAGAAUUACUGCUGGAAGAGGCCCCCUUGGAGGCUCGAGCGAGGAAACAGAAGCCGCGGGCAGAGCUGCGCAACGAUGCGACGAGCCGGGAAAUUCGGGAAGACGAGCUUCAUCGCAUGAUAGAGACCAUGUUUGAGCCUUUCGACUACACGCUGGCAAGUUAUGAUGUGAGUGCUGCGGCAGCAGUUGCUGGCACCGUGCCGGAAGAACAUGUUGAAUUAGACAUGGCGCAACCAGAAUCACAUUCUGCUCCCACAUCGCCGGACGGAUCACCACCACUCUCGCCCACCGCGGUCGCGACCCCUCCACGGCCCGAAGAAAACUUUCCACCAUUGGACGAAUUGAAAGCAGCAAUGCCGCAAUCAGUGCCGUCGGGGCCUCAUGGUCGACCUGCCUCGUCCUCGAAAUCAUUCAGCAGACCGAUUCCGCCGCAGCGACCGAUACCCGCCACGCGGCAGACUAGCAAAGGGGGCGGGGUCCAGAUGGUAUUGGACGAGUCGGGAAGUUGGACGAGUCUGGCCGAUCAGACGGCUCCGCACCACCAAGACAUACUCGGCGACGGUGGCAAGCUUGAGAAGACGAGCGGCAGUAUGCUAGGGUUCUUGAGCAGGAAAAAGGGAAGAGAUCGAAGUCCGAAACCGAAAGAGGCGGGUGUAUUAGGCAAGAUUGGGGCAAGACAUAUCAUCAGCUAA